AUGACCCCUGGCGUCUUCGUGUUUUCGACUUUUCUCGCUUUGUUUCCCGACGACCAAACGACGCACAAGGCGCAAGCUGUGCUGCACAAAUUCGCCACAGAGGCGUGCGACCAAUGCGCGCGCUCCGCACCCCACAAGCAAGACCAUCAACCCCCGACGCGAAGACGCGUCCCCGUAGCGAAGCGAACCCACCGCAGCAUGCGAAGUGCUCUCGGUGAUGCCCGUCUCAGCAACAGGUGUUCACAAGCCCCGGAAACCGCGUCCUUCACGUGCGAGAGGCCUACGCACUACAACUGGCUGUCGGACAGAGAAUGUGUAUACGCCCCACCCGGCGAGCCAACUUCACCCUUGGCCAACAAUGUAUCGGAACCAGCGACCCAGUCGACACCGUCGGUCACAGCAGAGAGCCCGGCGCUGGCUGCAGUGUCCCCAGCCACCACCAAAAGGUCCUUUGCAACGAGCUCUCAUGCGGGAGACCUCGACCCUCAGCUGUUCACCAACUCUCCCGAGUUGAUGUUUGACUCGCCGUUGACGACCAUUCAAGGUAUGCCGUCACCAAACUCGGCGCCGUUGGAAUGGUACGAUCUGCUGGCAGAAGAUGCCAUCAACAACAUUGACAAGUACAAUCUCAAUUUGGAACUUGAUAGAGCUGUGCUGUCCAGGCGGCAAAGUCCCGUGCCAGAAGCAGAGAUCCUCGGUCUUAGUCUUCAGUCGCCUGGGCCGAGUCGGGAAGCCGUGCCAGCAUUACACGAGCAAUGGAAUUCACCUGAUAUUAUUCCACUGGCAGAUGGCGAACUCCAUCUCUUCCAUCAUUUUGUCAGUGUGAUAGGCCCCAUACUAGACCUAUGUGACCCGACCAAACAGUUUUCGACCACUGUGCCUCGACUGGCGGUCCACAACGCGGGUGUCCUAAAGGCACUCCUCGCAGUGGCAGCUCGGCACCAAGCGCUUCUUGUAGUGCCUCAACAACACCAACCCAACAUGUUUGCUCAACCACCAGGACCAGAUGCCACGGCACUAAACACUCACCCGAAUCCACACCUACAAGUCGCCACGCAAUACUACUACGAAUGUCUACACUAUCUCUCACAGAACCUCUUAUACCCAUCUUACUCCAAGUCUAGGGAAAUCAUAGCGACUGCAUUGCUCAUCAGUACUUAUGAAAUGUUUGAUGCCGAAGGAGAGUACAACUCUGGCGCUUGGGAACGACACCUGAGGGGUAUCUUCUGGAUUCAGAGAGCCCAGAACAACAAUGGGGAGACACCUGACGGGCUUCGACGAGCCGCUUGGUGGCAGUGGAUACGUCAGGAUAUAUGGGUUGCAUUCCGCGAAGGGCGACGUGUGUUGACAAUAUGGCGCCCCACUCGGCGCUUGAUGGAUCUAAGUCCUGAUGAGCUUUGCUUGCGGGUUGUGUACAUUUGUGGCAGAUGUGUCGACUUUGCUGCAAAUGAGAAGAAAUACGACAUGAACACUCGUAUUGACCAGGGUGUGAAGCUCCUACAGGCGCUGGAAGAUUGGCAGCGUACUUUGCCAUCAUCCUUCCAGCCCAUAUACAAAGUCCCACUUCCAGAAUCAGGUGGAUUAUUCGCACCGAUUUGGAUUCAUCCUCCGUCAUAUGCUGCGGCAAUUCAGACUUUCCACUUCGCAAGGAUCAUAGUGUUGAUCAACCAGCCGUCUAUGGGAGGCAUGGAUGAUUUCCGCGUUAGGCAGCGCUUCCUGGACGAAAGUGUGGAGACGAUAUGCGGUAUCGCGAUGAUGCACCAAGGCAAAGACUUGCCCAGUGCGUUUGUCAACUUCCAGGCCCUCUAUGCAGCUGGCCUUUGUGUACAAAACCCUGUAAAGCAGUCCGCCAUUUACCAAUUGCUCGAGAGCACUCUCGAUGUUACAAAGUUUCCACCAAAGACAUUACUAAAUGAUCUUGCCAAAUACUGGCGAGCAGAGUCAUGA